AACGCAUCAAAACAAUAACAUCACACAUUGUUGGCCGUACAUUUUCUCCGCCAAACUCCCUGCCGGGCAUUUAUUUGAUUGUGCAAUCGCGUGCCGUGUAUUUGUGUGUGUGCCCAGUGUGAUAGAAAAGAAAAAUAGGAAAACAAUGCUAAAAACAAUACUUUCCACACACAUUCUGCCAACGGUGAGGCACCACAGCUGCGGGGGAUUAAGGCAUCCGGCCAAGCUGUACCAUCAUCCGGUGCCCCAACGAUGCGUACACACACGCACGAAGCCACGUAUUUCACCACCGCCGAAGCUGAAAUCGUCCUCCACGGACAGCACCGCCGGCAUCAGCCCGUUCGGCUGGGGUCUUUUGAUCAUUCCCGCCACUACGUUCGGGCUCGGCUGCUGGCAGGUGUAUCGAAAGCAAUGGAAAGAGGGCUUGAUCGACGAGCUGGAGCGCAAAAUCCACAUGUCCCCGGUGCCGAUCCCGGACGAUCUUACCGCUCUGAACGAAAUGGAGUACCAAACGGUUACGGUACGCGGCCAAUUCCUGCACGAUCAGGAGUUUCAUCUAGGGCCGCGGGCCUGCAUCCAGCACGGUGAUAGCCACACGGCCGGUGGCCUUUUCUCGCAGAAAGAAGCAUCGAUUGGUUUCCUCGUUAUUACGCCCUUUAAGCUCGAAGGACGAGACGAUAAAAUCCUAAUCAACCGUGGUUGGGUACCGAAACGAUACCUCGAUCCUGCGACGCGCCCGGAAGGUCAGGUGACCGGUACGGUCGAACUGCAGGGUGUUGUGAGGCUGCCGGAAAAUCGACCCCAAUUUACGCCGAAACAGCGCGGCGCCAUCUUCAUGUACCGCGAUGUGGAACGGAUGGCGGCCAUGAGCGGGUCGGAGCCGUACUACCUCGACGCGACGGUAGCCAGCACCGUCCCGCACGGACCGGUCGGUGGGCAGACGCGGGUAACGCUUCGAAAUGAGCAUCUUUCCUACAUCGUGACGUGGUUCAGCUUGUCCGGCUUUACCACCUGGCUGUGGUUCCGGCAGAUCGUUCGGGGCAAAUCGUUCUAGAGCGUUCCACUGCUGUUCUGUGCACAAUAAAGCAAUCGACCAUACUUUGGGGCAAUAGCAUACC